AUGCCUGCAGAACAACAGUUUGGAACAGAAUCCGAGGGGAUUGCCUUGCUUAAGUCUCGGCUUGGAGGUUUCGAAACUGAAGGUGGAAGACAGAAAGGAUUAGAUUAUCAGCCUCGGGCGAACGAUGUAGCAAUCACGACCACCCCAAAGGCAGGCACCACAUGGUUGCAACAGAUUUGUCACCAAAUACGGUCUGCUUCAAAUGGUGGCGACAUGUCGUUUUCCGAAAUCAGUGAGGUGGUUCCUUGGUUGGAAUUGGCAGCGGAUCAAGGACAAGACUUGGAAGCUGCCCAGUAUGGAGAUAAGGCGGACCUUCCUCGUUUCUUUAAGACACAUGCAUGGGCGGAUCACUGCCCCAAUUUUCCCAAAACAAUAGUGGUCCUCCGCAAUCCUGAUGACGUUUUGCUUUCCUUUUACAACUUUUUUGAAGAUUGGUUUUUUGAGAAAGGAUCAAUAUCGCUAGAUUCUUUUGCGGAAGAAUUUUGGUUGAGCCGCGGUGUACCAGAAACCAAGAUGCAGAAUGCUUCCUAUUUCAUUCAUCUGCUGUCUUGGUACCGCCGAAAAGAUGACCCAUCAGUCCUGAUUUUGUUCUUUGAGGAUCUCUUGGAUGAUUUGGAAGGGCAAAUUACAAGAGUCGCUCGUUUUGUGAGCAACAAAAAGCACAAUUUUGAUACACCAGAGACCAUUCGCCAAGUGGUCGAGUCAUCCACAUAUGCCUUCAUGAAGAAGAACGAAUCACAUUUUGACGAGAAACUUUCGAAACUGGCUAGAAACGAAGCAUGUGGUUUGCCAAAAGACGCAGGAAUGAAAAAGUCCAAGAUAGUCAACGGAAAGAAAGGAGAAGGAAAGUUGCAGCUGUCGCAAAGACUUCGAGAUGCCAUUCAAGCGAAAUGGAAAGAGGUGGUACAGCAAGAAACUGGAUGUGAGAACUAUGAGGCCCUACGGCAGGAAUUUAAAGCAAGAAACUCAAAAUAG